AUGUCUGGUCAGGACAUCUCCUCCGGCUCGGUGAUCGUCUUGACCGACGGACGGCAGGGUACAGUGCGUUUCAUUGGCAGCACCCAUUUCGCCGUUGGAGAAUGGAUUGGUGUUGAGUUGAUGGAUGCUACCGGCAAAAACGAUGGCGCAGUUCAGGGUGAAAGAUACUUUGACUGCGAACCUGGAUUUGGUAUGUUUAUCCGUCCCACAGCCGUGGGCGAGGUUCUACAGCAAGCUCCGCGUGAAAGUAAACAAGCCACCAAACCCGCCAAUGCGACAACUAGCCGACAAUCCUCGAGCGAUGCCUCCACGGGGGCAAGAAAGCCAGGCUCCGAACCUCUCGCGGCCAGUAAAAGAACGAGUCUCAAUGCGGCUACUGCUGCAACUGCAUCGAAAGGGGCCGCUCGGGCGUCUUUAAGGUCACCCUCAAAAUCACCUACAAAACAAUUAUCUACUCCCAAUCGAUCCUCUUUCGGUGGUGCUGCCCGGGCUUCUACUCUGCCAUCUACUCGUCCCCGACCAACUCCCGCUGUCAGAUCCUCGACCGGUCCAGGAGCAACUGCAGCAACCACUACCACCACCAGAACCUCACGACCCUCAGUUGUUGGAACAGUGGCAAGAGGUUCAAGACCAGUAUCACAGAGUACUGCGACAAGUACGUCUACAGCUGCGGGAGUUGCCAAACGCGCGUCACUACGAAAGACUGCGACGAAAGGAUCAGAUAGUAGUGAAUCCGGAACAGGCGGUCCAUCGGAGGAGUCUAUCAACGCUGAAGGGGGAGACAGUCCACUGAGCGCAGAGAAUGCGCCUGUGGUCGCGCCUGUCCCUUCAGCCAGGCCUCCUAGGCAGUCUUUGACUGCCGCACGCCCAACAGCUUCUCGACCAGGGGCUGCAGUAACAACACAACGGUCGAGUACUUCUGUUUCUAGAGAAUUGGACGAACUACAAACCAAGCUCCGCAUCAUGGAGAAGAAACGGGCUGAAGAUCGAGAGAGGCUUAAGACACUCGAACAACUGCAGUCAGAGCGCGACAAGUUUGAAUCGAUCAUCCAAAAGCUACAGGCAAAGUAUCAACCUCAACAGAUGGAGGUUACGGAGUUGCGCAAGAAACUCAAAGAGACAGAGGCUCGCCUUGAGGGGGUAGAACGCAUGCAAGCAGAGCAUGAAUCGCUCAUGGAAAUGGCAUCACUUGACCGUGAUAUGGCCGACGAGACAGCCGACGCAUUCAGACACGAAUGCGAAGUACUUCGCUCGAAGAUGGAGGAGCUUCAGUUGGAGGCGGAGGUUCUUCGUGAAGAGAAUGAGGCAUUCGGCGAGGUGACAAGUCCUGAAGAGCGUUCCAGUCACGGAUGGUUACAGAUGGAAAAGACUAAUGAGCGCCUUCGCGAGGCUCUCAUUCGGCUUCGUGAUAUGACUCAACAACAAGAAACUGAUCUGAAGGAUCAAAUCAAGGAAUUAGAACAGGACCUUGAAGAGUAUUCAGCGGUCAAGUCUGAUUACGAAGCUACAAAAGAGAAAUUGCUAGUUGCGGAAAAUAAUGUGGACGACCUGAAGCAACAACUGGAGACUGCACUUGGUGCCGAGGAGAUGAUCGAAGAACUGGCCGACAAGAACCUGCAUUAUCAGGAGGAAAUCAAUGAACUUAAAGCUGCUAUCGAAGAUCUCGAAGCUUUGAAAGAGAUCAGUGAAGAGCUAGAGUUCACCCACAUCGAAACUGAGAAACAAUUUCAAGACGAGAUCGACUACCGGGAUGGCGUGUUUAACGAGCAAUCCCGGAAACUUGCGGUGCAAGACGAAGUCAUCGAGGACCUGGAGUAUACGCUUUCUCGCUUCAGGGAGCUGGUGACAAACCUCCAGGCUGAUCUAGAAGACAUGCGGGCUUCACAACAGAUCUCGGAAGCCGAAGCCACUGACCUUACCUCGCGAUCUCGAGCCAUGAUAGACCUAAACUUGAAACUCCAGGCUUCGGUAUCAAAGGCCCAGACUAGGACCAUUGAUUUGGGAAUUAACAAGAUGGAAGCGGAAGAGGCUGCUCAGCAUCUUUCGAUUGUCAAGCUUUACCUUCCUGAAUACUUUGAUGAAGAGCGAAACUCCGUUCUCGCUCUUCUUCGAUUCAAGCGCGUGGGUUCCAAAGCAAUCAUGAUGAACAGCACCAUUCGUGAAAUGAUGUCUGAGCAAUCAGCAAUCUCCGCUCACGAGGAGAUGUUCAAUGCCCAUGAGGUUCUGGAGCUCCUCCUGUGGAUUUCGAAUGUCUGCGACCGGUUUGUUAGAUACGUUUCGGCUUGCACCCCCGAGGAAUUUAACAAAACCAAGGCUGCACUGUUCGAAAUGGAACCAGUUGAGCGCAUGUUGAACUUUUGGAUUGAGAACCUUAAAAAAAACGAAGUCAACAUGAAGAAGUUUGCAGUAGAGUUGCAGCGAUCAAUUGCUUUGUUGGAACAUCUCGCUGAAACCACACUCCCAUCGACCCCGGAGAUGUUCGCAGACGAGCUUUGCAUGCGUACAGCGCUGUCUCAGUCAUAUAUUGAGCACGCCGCAGGUACUGUUGCACGCUUGAAAUCCAUUCUCAUUUCCAAACUACAAAGCCAGGAGGAAGAAAACGAGGAGCAAUCUUUUGCUCUGAGUCAAAUUGAUAGUUUCGUUAAUGAAGCUCGCGGAUACAAGGUGGCAUUGGGAAAGAUUCACAGGGCUGUCGAAGAUUUGCGCUCAAGGUCUCUCGCACUAUCCAAGGAUGCUGCCGAUGAACCAUUCAAAUCGGCUGAGAGGUCUGCUCGAAAACUUUCGGGAUUGUCCCGAAAAUUAGGUGAGAGUGUUCUGGACCUCAUUAGUGACGAGGGUCGUGCCGAACCAUUCACCUUGAAGGAGAUGAUAGAUGUCAUGUCUCAGGUGUCCACGGCUUUUGAACAGUCUUCCGAUGUACCAAUGGAGACGAGUGAUCCAUUAACGCUGCUUAAUAAUACCUUGCGUGACUUUUCUACUCGGCUUGAGGGGCUAGAUUCAAUUUCCACGGAUCUAUCUCACACUGCCGAGUUUGAAAGAGGUGCAUUCCCUUGGAUUGCCCGUGCGCAAGAGCUGAAAUCCAACAAAACGAUUUCUCCGGAUGCCGAUGAAGAAAUUCAGCGUCUGAAAAAUGAAGUUCAUGAGGUAUCCACUGCGCUGGGUGCCAAAGAUAACACUCUCGAAGAGCAAGGAAUCAAGAUUGAGCUUCUUGAAUCCCGGAUGCGCGACGCAAACAAGAGAGCAUUGGCUGUCAAGGAGCUCGAGGGGAAAGUUGAAGAGGCUCAAUCAAGCAACGCCAAGCUCACAGAAACCGUAGAACGACAACAGGUAGAGCUCCAGGCUGCCGAGGUCGAGCGCGAUGAAUUCAAGACUCGUCUUGAAAGAAUGAAACGGGCAUCUGGAACAGUUGGCGUCACGACCACAGGUGGUGGUAUCGUCAUCGACAACGAGGCCUCGUUGGCGGCAUUACAAGAGAAUGAAUCUCUUCGCACUGAAGUCGAGAGUCUGCAAUCGGCUGUGCGCUUCCUGCGCGAGGAAAGUCGCCGUGCGAAACUUCUCGAUCCAUACUCAGUACAGCGGACAACAGACAUGCGCGUCUGGCUUGAUGGCCCACUUACACCCGGCGCUCCUACCGCUGAACAAGAAAAGGUGCAGCGCACAGCCCUGGAAAGCAGAGAUGUCUUGACUCACUUGCUCAAGCUGACCAAGGAAACCCGGGUCUGUGAUCUGAAAUCAACAAUGAUUCCCUCAGUCGAUGAAAGUGGUGAUAGCAGUUCCAACCGUACUGCAUGGCGCCCGUCCAAGUCUCGACUUCGCUACCAAGUGCUCCAACAUCGUGAAAACUUCGAGCAUUGGGCCGAGUGGCGCGAUGAUAUUGUAAACUACGAGCGUGAACAGGACCGCCUAGCUGCUGCUAAGCAAGAUCGGGCGCUGCGCCAGCGUACCUCCAAACAUUCCCACAAUGCUUCUGUUGAGUUUCCCCAGGGUCUUGGUCACGGCAUGAUGGGCCGCACGUGGCAAAUCAUGGGCAUGCAGAAGCAUCGUAAGACGGCAUCUGGAAACGAGCCAGAUUCUGUGGAAAUUGUUUCUGUGGACUAA